GUGCGCAAGCAUCUAUUUCCAGUCGCACCUAUGGCUUCAGAUGAGCACUGAGCCUCCUGCAGGCACACGGACAGCCAGAGGAAUACCACAGCUGUGCCUCUGCGUCGGACUCUACAGCGCUGCAGACGCGCGUCCCCACUGUCUACGCUGAGCCUGUGCAGCAGCGGCUGCAUUCACUCUGCUACUGUCCUGCUUGUUGUGUUUCGUCGCUCCCAGAAAGAGAAACCCGUCUGUACCCCACUCAUACAGGCGGACCUGUUCACAUUUUCACUGUGGAUUUUAAAUCGUUACAGGAGACCGUGGAUUGGAACUAUUUAUUGCGCGUAUUGGAUACAUUUUAGCGGAGUUACUGUUAGGUUAUUGUGUUUCAUGGUUGGAGACAGUAUGCUAUAUUGAUAUCCAAUCUGCGUGAUAUUGGUUCAUGAUUGAGAAGCACGCGGAGGGGCGUGGAAUUCAUUGACAUCGAUUUGGUCUCCUUGUGUAAAACAACCGAGAUUUUCUCCCCACUCCUCCCUUCCCUCACCUUCAGCAUGACUUCUCUGUCUGGGACCAAAGAGAGGUCUGUGACCAACAGGAGCAGAAAAUACGGGAUUACCGACACCUCUCCGACAACAUCAGCCUCCUUCUCCCCGGAGACAUGGUACAGAAAGGCCUACGAGGAGUCCCGGACCGGCAGCAGACCUGCUCCAGAGGGAGUCGGCUCCAUGCCUAGCUCCACAGGCACCCCCUCCCCAGGAUCUGGCACCUCUUCCCCGGGCUCUUUCUCUGGUUCCCCCGGGACCAUAUCCCCAGGGAUCGGGACCUGUUCUCCCGGGUCUCUGGGUGGAUCGCCAGGUUUCGGUACAGGUUCGCCGGGCUCUGGCAGCGGGAGCUCCCCUGGUUCUGAGAGAGAGAGGGGGAUAUGGUGUGAGAACUGCAAUGCCCGGCUGGCAGAGCUGAAGAGGCAGGCGCUGAAGCUGCUGAUUCCCGGCCCCUACUCCAGCAAGGAUACCUCCUUCUCCCUCCUCCUCCACGACAAGCUCCAGGUGCCCAACAGCUGGCGGCGGGCGUGGAACGAGCGUGACAGUCGCUGUGACGUGUGUUCCACUCAUCUGACCCAGCUGAAACAGGAAGCAGUCCACAUGGUGCUGACCUUGGACCAGUGGGACCUGUCCCCCAGCUCGCCCCCCACCCUGCCCAGCCGCAGUGGCCUUCCCCAGGGCCCCACAGCACCACGGGACUGGGCUUACCUCCUCUCAGCCUCAGCAGCCUACCCCCAUCCACACCCACACCACCCUACCAUGCCUCCGUCCUCCUCUAGUGCAUCAACCUCAAGCCCCAGCCACACUGCCUCCAACCCCUGCCAAGGUGCAGCAUCUGUGGGGCAAACCUCUGCCCAGGCAGCCUCUUCAGCUCUAGCUCCAGCCCCCUCAUCGCCAGCUCCAUCCUCUGUGCACCAGGGAGGAUACCCCCGCUAUGGGUCCAAGCCCAGCUCCCUAGGGGUCGGCUUGGGGGUUGAGAGGAGAAACGGCUCUCCGGCACACAGCAGUAAAGCCAGCGGUGUUCAGCCGGCCCAGCCGCCCCACAGCCCCAUUAAUAACGGUUCUGGUAGCGGAGCGUUACUGAGCACGGCAGCCCUGCAGGCUCACCAGUACAUGUCUCGCAGCAAUGGAGGAGGAGUCACACUCUACCCCUACCAGAUCUCCCAGAUGAUAUCAGAGGGGUGUAGAGAGGGUCUGACGGAGGAGGCUCUGAAUCUCUACAAUGCUGAUCUCCCCGCCCCCUCACCCUCCCAGGUCCCUCCCACUUUGCAGGUUACCACGGCAACCCCAACCACCACCUCUGCCGCUGCAUCCUUCUUCGCCAGAGCUGCCCAGAAGUUGAACCUGUCUUCCAAGAAGAAGAAGCAGCGCCCAGCGCCCCCCCCAGUGGUGUGUGACCCCCCUCUGUUCCCCACCAACUUCAGUGGAACCCUGCAGACCACCCCUCCCCCUGCCCCCCCCUGCCUGCUACGGGCCGCCAGCAAGAUCAAAGACACCCCCGGACUGGGCAAGGUGAAGGUGAUGGUUCGUGUGUGUCCUGUGACUUCCUCAGACGCAGCAGAGUCCAGCUCCUUCCUCAAAGUGGACACCAGGAAGAAGCAAGUGACCAUCAUGGAGCCCUCAGCCAACCAGACGCAAGGGAACACCCCCCAGAAACGAGGAGGAGCCAAUCAGGUCCCGCCUAAGAUGUUUGCCUUUGACGCUGCUUUCCCCCAUGAUGCAUCACAGGCGGAGGUAUGUGCUGGGACUGUAGCUGAGGUAAUUCAGUCUGUGGUGAAUGGAGCCGACGGCUGCGUCUUCUGUUUUGGUCACUCUAAACUGGGUAAAUCCUACACCAUGAUAGGUGGUGACGAGUCCAUGCAGACUCUGGGGAUCAUCCCCUGUGCCAUCUCCUGGCUCUUCAAACUCAUCAACGAGAGGAAGGAGAAGACAGGAGCACGUUUCUCUGUCCGAGUCUCCGCCGUAGAGGUGUGGGGUAAAGAGGAGAACCUGAAGGACUUGCUGUCUGAAGUGGCUACAGGCAGUUUGCAGGAUAGCCAGUCCCCUGGAGUCUACCUCUGCGAGGACCCCAUCUGUGGCAUGCAGCUCCAGAACCAGAGUGAGCUGCGAGCCCCCACGCCAGAGAAAGCAGCCUUCUUCCUGGAUGCAGCCAUAGCAGCUCGCUACAGCAGCAGAGCUGGCGCCGACCCAGAGGAGCAUCUCAACUCACACAUGCUGUUCACACUGCACAUCUACCAGUACCGCAUGGAGAAGACUGGCAAGGGAGGGAUGUCAGGAGGUCGCAGUAGGCUCCACCUGAUAGACCUGGGCAGCUGUGUGAAGGUGCUAGGAGGAGGGAAUGGCAGAGACAGCAGCGGUAGUAGCAGCACCACAGCAGCAGGACUGUGUCUGUCUCUCUCUGCGCUGGGGAACGUCAUCCUGGCUCUGGUCAACGGCAGCAAACACAUCCCUUACAAGGACAGUAAGCUGUCCAUGCUACUGAGAGAGUCGCUGGGCAACAUGAACUGCCGGACUACCAUGAUCGCUCACAUCUCCUCGUCGCCUAGCAACUUCUCUGACACGCUCUCCACGAUCCAGAUCGCCUCGCGCCUCCUCCGCAUGAAGAAGAAGAAGACCAAAGUCAGCAUGCAGUACACGUCCAGUUCGUCAGGGGGUGAGAGUUCGUGUGAGGAGGGGCGUAUGCGUCGCCCCACUCACCUGAGACCGUUCCACUCCCGUAGCUCUGCAGACUCAGACCUGCCUCUGCUGCACCUCUCCAGCGACCCAGACGACUACUCCAGCAGCGAGCAGUCCUGUGACACUGUCAUCUAUGUGGGUCCCAAUGGGGGUGCCAUCUCGGACCGUGAGCUGACCGACAAUGAGGGACCGCCAGAGUUCGUCCCCAUCGUCCCUGUUUUGCUGAAGAGCAAAGCCGAAUCUGGCGUCGAGCCGACUACGCCGCCUCUGCAGCAGCAGCAGACAGUACUCCCCCAGGCUCAGCUUGUCCCUACACAGACACACACCCAGCCCACUACCCUGCCUACCAAGCCCCUCAACGCCGUCCACCAGCCCCCACUCCCUCUCCCCCAGCCCCCAGUCCCUCUCCUCCAGGCCCUGGGUCAUCCCCAGCCCCCACUCCCUCUCCUCCAGCCCCCACUCCCUCUCCUCCAGCCCCUGGGUCAUCCCCUGCCCCCCGUGCCAGAGGAAGGGGCGGAGUGCCUGAAGUGCAACACCUUCGCUGAGCUGCAGGAGCGUCUGGAGUGUAUCGACGGGAGCGAGGAGGUGGCAAAGCUCCCCUUCGAGGAGGUGCCGGCUAACAGGGGGGCUAAGCCCGACACCCUGGUUCCCCCAGGGUCUGAGACGGAGCGUAAAGAAGGGGGGGUGGAGAAAGUAGAGCCCCUCAGGAGGAUGUCCAACGACCAGCAGCUCCAGGAGAUCAGGGAGGUGGUGGAGGAGGCAGAACUGGCCCAGAACUUGAUAGAGAGUCUGAGCCUGACCGGCAGCUGCAGUGUGACGGGUAGCAGUGGAGCAGGACACACCAACCCUCUACAGAGGGCCAAGAGUGCCAGCCUCCAUGACAGUCGUGAGUCUCUGAGCGCGGGCAGUAGCAGUGAUGGUAAGCCCCGCCCCCUGGGCUCUCCUCGGCUGGGCAUCGCAUCUCUUACCAAGACCUCUGACUACAGACCUCCCUCCUCACCCUCACAGCGCUGCAAGGUCUACACCCAGAAGGGUGUGAUGCCGGGAACGCCCCCCUUGUCCUGCCAGAGUCUGUCUACUGCAGACAGCCUGGCUGCAGACAGUGUGAGGUCCUCUACAGAGUCCCUGCUGCAGCCGGUGUCCCUGUCCAGAACCUCCCCCGCGGGGAUGAGUCCCUGGGUCCUCAAACGAACCAACUCCUCGUCUGCUAGCCUGGGGUCGGCUGACACGCUGUGUGAUGAGAAUGUUCCUCAGAUUCCUCUGGAUGGACGCAGGGAUACCCCAGCUCCAGCCCCCAACCACUCCUCCAUCCCAGCCGACCCUAGCUCUCUGGAGGAAGACAAGCUGGUGUUCACCCUGGGGUGUAAGGAGGGGCUGGAGGUCCGGGGCCUGCUGGAGAGUGGCGGCCGUCCCACCAGCAUCAUUAGCUUCAGCAGCGACUGUUCCGUCACUGCCCUGGACUCGGGGUCCCGCCCUAUCUCCAUAAACAGCAGCAUCAGCGAGGACCUGGAGCGCUAUGGAAUCAACACUACUGUCGUUGCUACGACCACCAGGGUGAUCCCCAUAACAACCGCCUCCGUCGCCGGAGUGAUCGCCGUGGAAGGAGAGGCGAUGGCGGCGGUGCCUAGCCGACGGUCAUCCAUGUCAUCGUGGCUAAGUGACCUGAGUGUUGUUAGCGACAGAGAUCAAUCUCUGCACAGCUUCAGCCAGUCCCAUGGACACGGGGAGGCUCUGGCCGAACAUGACCCCACACAGGUCCCUCUCUGUGGAGCAAAUGAGCAGGACGAGGCGUCCCUGGGUUAUGGACGAAGGAAGACUCCUGAGAGUGAAGUAGCAUUGUCUGGAGAUGUAAAAGGGAAAGAGACUAAAGAGAGGCUGAAGAGACUGCCCCCCUCCCUGGGUAAGACCACCAUCUCCCUCUCUGACAUGCAGACCCUGGGGGUCUCCAGCAACUUCCUCCCCUUCAAGACCAACAUUACAGCCCACCCCUGUGUGGCCGUCAAACCCAUGGUCAUACUCUCCUCCCUUACCAGGACUCACCUGCUGCCCAAGGACCCAGCCAAGACUACCCCAGCCCUGGUCCUGGCCUCCAUGUCCAGCGAGCUCAGCUUCGAUGACCCCUGGAUGAAGAGAGACGGGGUGGACUUGAGGCCCAAGGAGCUGGUGUGUGAGGUGAAGCCAGAGAAGUGGGUGGUGGAUCCACCAGUCAAGAUAGACGCAGCUAAGAGCAGCCAGGCCUGGCCCCAGGGCGAUAGGGCCAGUAGGGUGGACAGUGGCUAUGGAGGGGACCGUCACAGCUCCAGCAGCGGGGAGGCCAUCUCCUCUCCAGACUCCUGUAAGAGGGUAGUGGACAGCUCUGAGAUGGUGCUGGUCAGUUCUGGGGAGUAUCUGGUGACUCCUGUCUACUCUGCCGACAUCCUGCGCACCGCCAGUCUGCCCCGUGGCUGGCACCGGCUCAACCGCCACGACGGCCUAUAUGAGGACCCACUCCGCUACGACGCUAACGGAGGAGGGGGGGAGUACCGAGGCCUGGGGGUCACCUCCUCUACCCCCUGUAGUCCCAGGGCGACCCUGGACCGAAGGGGGUAUUCCGGGAAACAUGGCCUGUUUUCCCGCCAGAAAGGUAUCCCACCGCUGCCACCAGUACGCAAGUCCAGUCUGGACCAGAAGAACAAGGCAGGAGGCCCCCUCAGCCCCAUGCACGCAGCCAGCCAUGGCCUCUCCUUCUUGAGGAGUACCCCGGAGGACCUGGGCGUGCUUGGAGGAGGUGGAGGGAAACAGAAGGGGGGUAAUGUGGAGAGCAGUAGGUUGUUCAGUGCUAAACUAGAGCAGCUGGCUAACAGAACCAACUCUCUGGGUCGGUCCCAUGGAGGUCACAGCUCUCAUGGCCCCCACUACGACUGCCUCUCUUUGGAGAGGGGGGAGGCCCUCAGCUCCUUGGGCUGGAAGGUGGCAGCCGGAGGGGGGAGGGGGGACUGCACCAUGCCCCGUACCGGACGCAGCCUCACCCGUGGCGGCUCAUUGUCAUCCUCCUCCCCUAAAGGAAACGGUUCCGGUAACAGCCCUGGCAGCGCUCCCCAGUCACCCAAGUCGAGCCAGUCCAAGAUCUCAGCGGUCAGCAAGCUCCUGAUGGCCAGCCCUAAGGCUCGGAGCCUGUCGGCCUCCAGCACCAAGACACUCAGCUUCUCCACCAAGUCUCUGCCCCAGUCUGUCAACCGCAGCUCCAGUCUGCCUCCCAACGGCAAGCCCCAGGCCCAGGGUCAGACCUCCACCCAGGGUCAGGGACAGAACCAGGCACCCAGCUCUGGCUCCUGGUCCACCCAGUCUCUGAGUCGCAACCGAGGGGGAGGCCUGGCCGCCAAACUGCCUCUGAGAGCCGUCAACGGACGCAUCUCCGAGCUGCUCCAGGGCAGCGGAGGCUCUCGAUCCGCCGGUCACAACCGAGGAGGAAGCUCCGAGGAUGGGGAGGAGAGAGGCGCUGGAGGGGGUGGAGGUGGUGUCGGGGCACAGGGAGAGGAGAGACCCUUGGUAGUCCACACCCUCCCGUCCCCCUACAGUAAGAUCACAGCGCCCAGGCGGCCGCAUCGCUGCAGCAGCGGUCAUGCCAGUGACAACAGCAGUGUUCUGAGUGGAGAGCUGCCCCCGGCCAUGGGGAAGACAGCCCUGUUCUACCACAGUGGGGGCAGCAGUGGCUAUGAGAGCAUGUUGAGGGACAGCGAGGCCACAGGAAGCACCUCCUCUGCCCAGGACUCUCUGAGCGAACACAGCUCAGCCACCAGCAGCAGCCGCCGCAGCAGCCUCAAGAACAACAAGAAGAAGAACAACAGCACAGGUACCCAGCGUCGUCGUCUGAUUCCCAGCCUGACCCCAGACUCGUCCUCUCCGUUCAGGAAGCCUGCCAUCAGCCCAGGUGUACGCUGGGUAGACGGGCCGCUACGCCCUGCCCCCAGGGGAACCACAGAACCCUUCGAAAUAAAGGUCUACGAGAUAGACGACGUGGAGCGCAUGCAGAGGAGAGAGAAAGGCAACAAGGUGAGACAGAGAGAGAUGGAGACAGACAGAGAGAGAUGGAGACAGACAGAGAGAGAUGGAGACAGACAGAGAGAGAUGGAGACAGACAGAGAGAGAUGGAGACAGACAGAGAGAGAUGGAGACAGACAGAGAGAGAUGGAGACAGACAGAGAGAGAUGGAGACAGACAGAGAGAGAUGGAGACAGACAGAGAGACAUGGAGACAGACGGAGAGAGAUGGAGACAGACAGAGAGAGAUGGAGACAGACAGAGAGAGAUGGAGACAGACGGAGAGAGAUGGAGACAGACGGAGAGAGAUGGAGACAGACGGAGAGAGAUGGAGACAGACGGAGAGAGAUGGAGACAGACGGAGAGAGAUGGAGACAGACGGAGAGAGAUGGAGACAGACGGAGAGAGAUGGAGACAGACGGAGAGAGAUGGAGACAGACGGAGAGAGAUGGAGACAGACGGAGAGAGAUGGAGACAGACGGAGAGAGAUGGAGACAGACGGAGAGAGAUGGAGACAGACGGAGAGAGAUGGAGACAGACGGAGAGAGAUGGAGACAGACGGAGAGAGAUGGAGACAGACGGAGAGAGAUGGAGACAGACGGAGAGAGAUGGAGACAGACGGAGAGAGAUGGAGACAGACAGAGAGAUACAGACAGACAGAGAGAUACAGACAGACAGAGAGAUACAGACAGACAGAGAGAUACAGACAGACAGAGAGAUACAGACAGACAGAGAGAUACAGACAGACAGAGAGAUGGAGACAGACGGAGAGAGAUGGAGACAGACGGAGAGAGAUGGAGACAGACGGAGAGAGAGAUGGAGAGAUCUUUCUCUCUCUCUCUCUCUCCCCACCUUUCUCUCCCCACCUUUCUCUCUCUCUCCCUCCCUUUCUCCCCCACCUCUCUCUCCCUCCCUUUCUCUCCCCACCUCUCUCUCUCUCCCCACCUCUCUCUCUCCCCACUCACUCUCUCUCCCCACCUCUCUCCCCACCUCUCUCUCUCCCCACCUCUCUCUCUCCCCACCUCUCUCUCCCUCCCUUUCUCCCCCCACCUCUCUCUCUCCCUCCCUUUCUCCCCCCACCUCUCUCUUUCCCUCCCUUUCUCUCCCCACCUCUCUCUCUCCCUCCCUUUCUCUCCCCACCUCUCUCUCUCCCCCCACCUCUCUCUCCCUCCCUUUCUCCCCCCACCUCUCUCUCUCUCUCUCCCCACCUCUCUCUCCCUCCCUUUCUCUCCCCACCUCUCUCUCUCCCCCCACCUCUCUCUCCCUCCCUUUCUCCCCCCACCUCUCUCUCUCCCCACCUCUCUCUCUCCCCACCUCCCUCUCUCUCCCUCCCUCUCUCCCCCCACCUCUUUCCUUCCCUUUCUCCCCCCACCUCUCUCUCCCUCCCUUUCUCCCCCACCUCUCUCUCUCUCUCUCUCCCCACCUCUCUCUCUCCCCACCUCUCUCUCCCUCCCUCUCUCCCCCCACCUCUUUCCUUCCCUUUCUCCCCCCACCUCUCUCUCCCUCCCUUUCUCCCCCCACCUCUCUCUCUCUCUCCCCACCUCUCUCUCUCCCCACCUCUCUCUCUCUCCCCACCUCUCUCUCUCCCCACCUCCCUCUCUCUCCCUCCCUCUCUCCCCCCACCUCUUUCCUUCCCUUUCUCCCCCCACCUCUCUCUCCCUCCCUUUCUCCCCCACCUCUCUCUCUCUCUCUCUCCCCACCUCUCUCUCUCCCCACCUCUCUCUCCCUCCCUCUCUCCCCCCACCUCUUUCCUUCCCUUUCUCCCCCCACCUCUCUCUCCCUCCCUUUCUCCCCCCACCUCUCUCUCUCUCUCCCCACCUCUCUCUCUCCCCACCUCUCUUUCUCUCUCUCCCCACCUCUCUCUCUCCCCACCUCUCUUUCUCUCUCUCUCCCCCUACCUCUCUCACUCUCUUCCCACCUCUCCCUCCCCUCAUUUCUUUGUAUUCCCCUCUCUUCUCCGUGUCUCCAUCAGGAGGUGGUUUAUUUCAGUGCUAAGCUGAAGAUCUUGGAAAACAGGCAGCAGCGGAUAUCCGAGGUCCGAGCCAAGUACGACUGGCUGAAGAAAGAGCUGGAACAGACCAAGCAGCACCUGAUGCUGGAGCCAGACAAAUGGACCACUGAAUUUGACCUGCAGCAGACGUUUGAGGUGGACUCUCUGGAGUACCUGGAGGCUCUAGAGGUGAUGACAGACAGACUGGAGACCAGGGUCAACUUCUGCAAAGCUCACCUCAUGAUGGUCACCUGCUUCGACGUCACCUGCCGACGCAGGUAGAACAAAGAACGGACAGGCGGACCACACCUCCUCUAGGACUCUUUGGACUCAUGGAAAGUGGAGACAACACAGCAGGAAUAGAGGGAUGGAGCAGAGGGAGGAAUUUCCCAGAGGAGGUGCAGAGGCAGAUGGAGACAAAGGCAUGCGGAGACUAAAGAGGAAUAUUUUUUUAAGCAGCGGGGAAGUUAGCGAGAGAAGAGGAGGAGGAAGAAAAGGAGGAGGAGAGAGAUUGUUUUAAAGAAGGAGUGUAUCCGCCACCGGACAGGAAGAUCACUUUUACAGAGCAGUUGUUGGAGUUUGUAAAUAAAGUUUUGCUUGCUUUGAAUAAGGCCUGGCUGACGGACGGCUAUUAGUCACGUGGGGAAACAAAGAGAAAAGAAUGACAGAAAGGAAAGAAAACCAACCAUGUGUGAGAGAGACAAGUGCCUGGCGAACACUUUGACUUCUGAAACAUUUCUCCUGUGUUUGUGUACAAACGGUGCUAGCUGAAAAAAUGAUAGAUCUCAAAAGUCUAAAUAAUCUGAAAAGGCUUUUACUCUGUUUCCUGCCUCGCUGUUCUCAGUGGUUUGUACUUAUAUAGUUCUACACUAGUUAUGAUGCAACAUAUGAACUGUUACGUGUUCGUUUUUCUACCUCUGUUUUGAUUUUCUGAAGAAAGUGGGACCACACAAAGUGCUUUAGGGGGAUGCUAUAUACAGGUGUAGGUCCUUUAUUUGAGACAGUUUUCUACAGCAGGAAAAUAAUCCUGCAGCCACAGGAAAUGUGAAUUAAUUAAAAUUAACAUACACUUUUGUAGGGGUUGAUUACAUUUUUCGUAAGGGAAAAUCAAGUCUGACUUUUCUAAGUAUAAAUUACAAACUUCAGAAGCCUUUUUAAACCCCAAAUACACCACAAGUUUAAAAUGUCCUGCAUUGCAGGAAGGUUCUCCUGCAACAGGGUGAUCAAAUGAAGAUCCUACAUCUGUAAGGACAGACAAUGUGAAUGGUGGUGGUGAAAUGCUAAGCCAAAACAUGGUUUAUUUUAUGGACCAUUGAUUUCCUUGUCACCACUCGGGCUAUGGUUUUGGCACCCGAAGUGUUCAGUUGUGGUUUCAGGCCUACCGUACACCAAUCCCCCCUCCCACUAACACCUUGACUAGACCGUCCACAUUGCGUUCGUGAGUGUUGCAAAAUAAAUGGUCACACUUUAUUUGGAUCGUUUGGAUAGCAUCUGUAGAUGCUCUACUAUCAUGUCAUACUAUCAACAAACUAGCUGUUGAUAAGAAACUGAUUGCUAAGGUUACGGUUACACACAUAUGUUAUUCAAUCAUUUCAUCCAAACUGCUCGCACACGUGACCGAGCGUCUGCAUAUCCAGCUGCUAAAAUAUAACUUUAUUUGAGAAGCUGGAAACGAUUCAAGUUCCGCCUCUCUCAUCUGCUCAUUGGUUUUCACAAGCAUACUAACCCAUGUGGGUGAUUGAAAGAUGAGAGGAGAGAUUCAUCAAAGAUAACUGUAGCUAGUUUGUCCUGGGAGAUAAACAUUGGGUUGUUAUUUUAACUGAAUUGCAUAUGGUCCAUUUUAUUCCUGGAUCUUUGUCGAAUUGUGUGUUUCUCUACUCUGAUGAUUCAUUCCCAGAUAAAAGGGGAAACCUCUUUAGUUUUUAGUUAGUAUGUCCCCACAUUAAUAUAGCUGGUUCAGUUGUUUUUUGGUAUUUUAAUUAACCUGCGUGUCAUGAUCUCGUCUGGUGGGGACAGACAAAAUCAACAUGCGCACGUUGGCAUGCGCACGGCCGGUUUGGUUAAGGUGUGAAGGUGAUCAAGAGGUACAGAGAGACGUCAACUAGAAGGGAGGAGAGAUGGAUGGAGGAGAAAAUGCUAGAAGAAAAUAGUAGCAUUAUGAAACAUAAUAAAUACCAUAGAGGGAAUGGGUGUAACUAUGUGAUUCAUGGGUUAAAGUGAAGCUGUCCUACAGUAUUCUAUAGGUCUAAGGCUGCAUUUACACAGGCAGCCCGAUUCUGAUCUGUUUUACACUAAUUGAUCCUUUGACCAAUGACAUCAGAUCUUUUUCAGAGCUGAAACCGAUAGAUCAAAAGACCAAUUAGUUUUAAAAAAAAUGAAAAGAUCAGAAUUGGACUGCCUGUGUAAACACAGAUGGAAAUCUGAGCGUAGAGGAAAACCUCCCAUUCACUCUGCUUGGUGCCACUGUCAUGGUGUAUUCACUCUGAUUGGUGCCACUGUCAUGGUGCCACUGUCAUGGUGCAUUCACUCUGCUUGGUGCCACUGUCAUGGUGUAUUCACUCUGCUUGGUGCCACUGUCAUGAUGUAUUCACUCUGCUUGGUGCCACUGUCAUGGUGUAUUCACUCUGCUUGGUGCCACUGUCAUGGUGUAUUCACUCUGCUUGGUGCCACUGUCAUGGUGUAUUCACUCUGCUUGGUGCCACUGUCAUGAUGUAUUCACUCUGCUUGGUGCCACUGUCAUGGUGUAUUCACUCUGCUUGGUGCCACUGUCACUCUGCAUUCACUCUGCUUGGUGCCACUGUCAUGGUGUAUUCACUCUGCUUGGUGCCACUGUCAUGGUGUAUUCACUCUGCUUGGUGCCACUGUCAUGGUGUAUUCACUCUGCUUGGUGCCACUGUCAUGGUGUAUUCACUCUGCUUGGUGCCACUGUCAUGGUGUAUUCACUCUGCUUGGUGCCACUGUCAUGGUGUAUUCACUCUGCUUGGUGCCACUGUCAUGGUGUAUUCACUCUGCUUGGUGCCACUGUCAUGGUGUAUUCACUCUGCUUGGUGCCACUGUCAUGGUGUAUUCACUCUGCUUGGUGCCACUGUCAUGGUGUAUUCACUCUGCUUGGUGCCACUGUCAUGGUGUAUUCACUCUGCUUGGUGCCACUGUCAUGGUGUAUUCACUCUGCUUGGUGCCACUGUCACUCUGCAUUCACUCUGCUUGGUGCCACUGUCAUGGUGUAUUCACUUUGGGAAUAUUUUGUAAAUAUAUAUAUAUGGUGCUUGAGACCAUUUGAGAUCUAAAUGUUUGUAUAACUAUAUGCAUAUAGCCUGUUUCCUAAAAUAACUUUAAGACACACAUGCUUCUUCUUCGUCAUCUUAUCAUCAUCCUAUUGUAUUAUGUACAGUGUCCUUGGGUGUUUUGAAAGGUGUUUAUUUAAGUGAUAAUGCCAGAGGAGCCGGUAGAUAUAAGAUAUAUUGGCACGGGUGUUAGGCCCGAGACAAAGUCAGAUGGAACAGAGUAAAAAGGCAUUUUAACGUUAUAGAUUUAGCCGGUGGUAACUCGUGGAAUAGACACCGGCUGGAAUGAGGUUUUAACCAAUCAGCAUUCAGGAUUAGACCCACCCGUUGUAUUAACACGAAAUGUAUAAUUUGUAUUAUUCUUAUUAUCAUCAUCAUGCCCCUUGCCCUUUACCCUUUGACCUCUCCCCUCUGUCAUGGUCAUAAAUGAAGGAUCUUAUUAAUUUAACUCAAGACGUGCUGGAACAGAAAGUUUGCUUAUAUUGUAUCAUUUAUUAUCCACACACCUUCUGAUCUGCAAAGUUACUAUGCAUUUAAAAAAUAGACAGAAAGUAAUUGUACGUACCCUGAGCCCAUUUCAUAUAGGUAUAUUCCAACAUAUAGACACUUAGCAUUUUUAUUUGAGAUGUACAUUUUUUCCUGCUCUGUUGUUGUUUGCAACUGUUACGUCCUCCUUUGAUCUGUUUGAUUGAUAGGAGUAGGAAGACGUUGUCCCUGGAGGCUGAUUUAAGGUCAGUUUCAUGCUCUACCCUCUAAUGGUUAAUGAUUAGUACUCAGGGUGGGUAAUCUGGUCCUAGAUCUGUUCCUAACUUCAACCUGGAGCCUGUUGAUGAUGGUACUCUCCAGGGUCACGUUCAGGAUGGUGCAAUGUUUCAAAACCUGCACAUAUAAAUGUAUCAUGUUUAACAGAUAUAUGAUUGUCUGUUUUUUAUGGCAGGGAAUUGAGUCCACUCUCUUCGUUGCAUUUCUAACAAUCGAACGUCUCACCUUCCUGAAUACACCCUGGGCAACCCAUGGAAACGUCUCACUCCGGUGUCAUGGUGUCUUGGUUGUCAGGGCAUCUGAAAUGUUGUAGAGAGAUCUAUUUCUCUGGCUGUACAGUCUGUGGGGAGUGGGAGAGGUACUGUAGCUAGCAGGGUUGGCCUCAUUUACAUUCAGUCAAUUUUAGGAAGGGAAAUGAUAUUCAGCCAAAACAUCUCCUGAAAAAACGGAAUAGAAAUGAAAUUGACCUGUAGUCCCAUCCCAUGCUAGCUAGGCCUUACUGUGCGGUGGCUGGGCAGGGUGUGUGUGUGCGUGCUUUCAGGAGGCACAAACAAGGGGAAAUAAACCCUUUUGAAAUGGGAAACUAACAUAGUUGGACCAAAAACAUUUCCUCCUAAUUGUGCCUGCUCAACCUGACCCAUGUCUGUGUGUAACUCCGUCAUCAGAAGCUCUUCUGACAGACAAACAGACUGAGAAUCUGACGGUGACACAAGGAUUGCUGUAAAUAAAGGAUUGUAUUCAAGUAAA